AUGUUCCAGAGUGAACUAAAUGCCCUGGUACUUUGGUCUAGGCUGCUUGGUUUGGAGCUCUGUAUUCCCAAGUGUCAUUAUAUGUCUUUCACGCGUUCUCAUAGCCCUAUUCGGCAUGAUUAUCUGGUUGAUGGUAAAAGUUUAAGUUUAUCUGGUAGUCAUGUAGUUGACCUAGGUGUUACAUUUGACCGGACUUUAAGUUUUAAUCUCCAUAUUGAAAAAAUCACGUGCAAGGCUUUGAAAAUGCUUGAUUUCAUAAAAAGAAUUUCAUCUGAGUUCAAUAUGUGUAGUUUUUUAAAAGCGCUUUAUUGUGCAUUUGUACGAUCCCGCCUUGAAUAUGGUGUAGUGAUCUGGGACCCCCAGAAUUUACGUGACUCUUGCCAAAUCGAGCGUGUUCAGCGUAAAUUCUUAAAAUAUGCUUCUUUUGUACUGCAUAUUGACUGCCUUCCACACGAUUAUACGCCAGUUCUAGAGAAAUUAAAUUUGGAGACGUUGAGUACUAAAAGAACAAAGGCUAACUUGGUUUUCUUAUUGAAACUCUUGAGUGGGGAAGUUGACGCUCCAGAUUGA